CAGACACAAUCACUGAUGGCAAAAGCUUCAUUAUUCCGUCUGCUUUUCCAGGUCAUAAAAUGCAAAGCAGCUGUGCUAUGGGAGAUAAAUAAACCCUUCUCCAUCGAGGAGGUGGAGGUUGCACCCCCUAAGGCCCAUGAAGUUCGUAUUAAGAUGGUGGCCGGAGGAAUCUGUCGCUCAGAUGACCAUGUGGUUACUGGACACCUUGAAUUUCCUCUUCCUAUAAUUCUAGGCCAUGAGGCAGCUGGCAUCGUGGAAAGCAUUGGAGAAGGGGUGACUUCAGUAAAGCCAGGUGAUAAAGUCAUCCCACUGUUUACUCCCCAGUGUGGAAAAUGCAGGAAUUGUAAACACCCGGAAAGCAACUUCUGUUUGAAAAACGAUUUGCCACAGCGUCAGGGCACCUUGCUGGAUGGCACCACCAGGUUCACCUGCAGAGGGAAGCCCAUCCACCACUUCAUGGGCAUCAGCACCUUUUCCCAGUACACAGUGGUGGAUGAGAUCUCCGUAGCCAAGAUCGAUGCAGCUGCACCGCUGGAGAAAGUCUGCCUCAUCGGCUGUGGAUUUUCCACCGGUUAUGGCUCUGCGAUCAAAGUGGCCAAGGUCACCCAGGGCUCCACCUGUGCUGUGUUUGGCUUGGGAGGAGUUGGCCUCUCUGUUAUCAUUGGCUGCAAAGCUGCUGGAGCAGCCAAGAUCAUUGCAGUGGACAUCAACAAAGACAAAUUCAAAAAGGCCAGAGAGGUGGGUGCCACUGAGUGCAUCAACCCCCAAGACUAUGACAAACCCAUUGAGCAAGUGCUGAAGGAAAUGAGCAAUGGAGGCGUGGAUUUCUCCUUUGAAGUCAUUGGUCGGCUCGACACCAUGGCCUCUGCCUUGCUCUGCUGCAAUGAGUCAUUUGGUGUGAGCGUCAUUGUUGGAGUCCCUCCUGGUUCCCAAACCCUCUCAGUGAAUCCUACGCUGCUGUUGACUGGACGCACCUGGAAAGGGGCCAUCUUUGGUGGUUUUAAGAGUAAAGAUUCUGUCCCCAAACUGGUGGCCGAUUUUAUGGCAAAGAAAUUUCCACUGGAUCCAUUAAUAACCAAUAUUUUACCUUUUGAAAAGAUAAAUGAAGGAUUUGACCUGCUUCACUCCGGAAAGAGUAUCCGCACCAUUCUGUCAUUUUGAGAUGAUCCGGAUGCCCUCUCUUGCAUCAAUCCUCUGAUUCGUCCAUGCCAGAUUAUCUGACUCACCAUACAGACAACAUUAUUAACUGUUCUUCAGCAACCUGAUCAAUAAAUUUCUAUUGUAUUUGUCAUCGGUGUUUACUGUAUGGAUACCAUGAUCCUAACAAAAAUUUCUUUAAGAUGUAAUAGA